CUGGCACAGACACCAACCGACGAUGAGUGGCAGGCGCAGUGGUGGUGGUGGUGGUGGUGGUGGCGCUAGUGGCACAGGUGGGGAGAGGAAGAAGAAGAAGAAGCAGCAGCAGCAGCAGCAGUCUGGAGGGGAUGAUGAUGGGGAUGGCAAUGAAGGAGAGACGCGGCGCAUCUUGCUCGGUGGCGAUGCUGUCGCGGAGAUUCAGCAACGGCUUCAAGGCCGCCAGCCAAAGGCGCAAAUCAAACAAUUGCAGAAGGAUACAGCCAUUGACGGCACACUGCCGCUUCUCCCGCUCAUCGACAUUAUGGGAACCACCAGAGCCGAGUUUCACGAGAGCAUCAUGCUGCACUUGCGCGAGACGCUGCUGAAGCGCAUCCCCAGCUUGUCGCAGGAAGAGUUGGGGAAACUGCUGUUGCAGACGUUCCCAUAUGUGCAGUUUGAGGAGCUCCGGCCUGUGACCUUAAGGAUCCUCAACCGCUACCACAGCAUCCCGAGCAAAGUACUGCGCCAUCUCCGGGAUCACCCAAAGCUCAUGGAUGAGUGCUCCCUCGACGUCAAACGACAGGUGUGGCAAUAUGACGAUUUUGUGUUCUCCGCGGUGCUGCAGCCCAUGCUGCACGACUACGCCAUGGCAUACGCGUGCCACUGGGUACAGGUGCACAUGCCCCACAGCACAGCCAUAUCCGCCACCCCGCCCUCUCCCUCGUCAACCGCAACGCCAUCAUCAGCAACAGCAACAACAGCACCGACAACAGGCGGUGCCCCAUCAACCACACCAUCAACAACGGCUGCACCCGCAAAACAUCAGCGUACCACCUCCCUGUCAUCGCCAUCAUCGCCCGUACCGGCAUCGCCAUCGUCGUCCACGGCAUCAUAUUCGGCCUUCCCGCCCUCCAACACGUCCUCUGCCACGUCAUCACCAACCCACCGCCACGCACACCGCUCGCCUGCGUUUGGAUUUCCCUCCCCAACACACCGCCGCGGGCGAGGGAGCGACGCUGCCGUACAUGGCAGUGACGAUGGCAGCAGCAACAACGACGACGAUGAUGAUCGUGAUGGUCACACCAGGUUGGGCGUGCGAGGUACCGGUGGAACUGGUGGAACUGGUGGUGGUGGCAAUGAUGAUGACACGAUUACGUCGUCACAGCAGCACCGCCUAACCUCUGCCGAGUACACGGUGAAGUUGCUUGAGCUUGUUGGCUCGUCGUCGCACCUCCACCAGCGGCUGCUCGAGUACCUUCGCCUUGCCUACGUGCAGAGCAACGACCCGGCGUACUGCCACUUGCGCGUGGCCCUGACAGCGGCGGUGGAUAUGCAGAGCGUUGGACCGAGCGCUGGCACAACGCUGCUGAGUGCUGGGUCGACCACCGCCACAACGGCAACGACGGCCACGACGACGGCCAUGUCCACAGCGGCGACGAAGAAGGCAACGGGGUCGCACACAUCCUCGCUCGCUGCGACCGCGCCACCACCAGCAUCAUCGUCGUCAUCAGUGGUGUCUUCGAAACCGUUGAAGGUGACGAGCGUAGCAGCGGCCAUGGCAGCGGGCAUGCAGUCAUCAUCCCCAGCAGCAACGGGAGUGUCAGCAAAAACGGCAGCAGCAACGACAUCAGCGACAUCAGCGGCGUCAGUGGCGCCGUCGUCAGCUGCGCACGGGCUGGGAGGUGGUGCGGGCAUGGUUGGCACGUACGUGUUGCAAGACAGCUCGCCGCUGCGCAAAGUUGCGGGUCUGGUGGAUGGGGCGGUGCUCACGGGGCGCCUAUCCUCCGACGCCCUGUCCUCCUUGUUUGAGACGAUUACGUCAUACAAGGCCAACGACGCGGACCUUGGUGACGCUGGCAUGAUGGUGCGUGCACCUGGCGUGGCGCUUCUCCUGUGCAAGAGCGUUCUCAACCAACUCGUCAUUGCCGUGGACCGCCUUGCACUUCCCCGAUUCCAACAGCGGCUCAUCAAGCUCACCCAGAUCCUUGGUGCCGGGUAUCAGGUGCGGGAGAUGUUCGAGGCGCAGUCGUUCCGCUGGCCAGGCCUUGCCAUCGAAAUCAUCCAGACCGCGUAUCCGCUGUUUGCCAAUAUGCUGGCGGAGGACGUCUUGUACGACGAGCACAUACGGCGGGCAAAGGAAAAGAGGGCGAAACAGAAACUGCAGAGCAAAGGUGGGGACAGCGACACUGCAGCAAAACCAACACCAACGACCCCAUCAGCAUCGACAAGCACCUCGACAGCAGCAGUGACGGCGACGCAGCAGCAUCAUGGUGGUGGUGGUGGUGGUGGUGGUGGCGACAAUGACGAUGAUGAUGAUGACGGGUCGUGGCGAUGGGACGUGGACGAGGCGGACGAGCGGUUUGUACCGCAGGAGCUGCAGGACUACGGCGUUGACAUCUACUACAUUGAGGUGCUGCUUGCCAUGUACAUGGCCAGGCGCGCUGCUGCUGGCGACAUGACGCGCCUGCUGCAGAUUGUGCCGGUCCUGUGCAAGUCGACCGACCCGACCUACUCGCUCCUCCCAGGCGUCAAGGACGCUCUCCACGCCAUCCUCACACAGCACUGGCGGGAGUUUGUGCGACGAAAGGAGGAGACGAUUGCCGGGAUUUUGGAGCCGCUGGCCGCCAAGCACGUGACGCUGCACAUGCAGGUGCUUGACUUUCUUGAUCGGGCGCCGGCUGGAUUGGAGGAGAAGGAGCUGGCGCACGUGCUUGCAGGCAUGGCCGAGCGCGGCGCGGUGAGCGGCAGGGGCGAAACCGCCGGCGCCGUCAUGAAUGCAACGCUGUCCAACCUGUACCGCCACUUGAUUGACGACAAGCAUCUGUCACCCUCCGCCACGGCCACCAUCCUCCCGACCCUCAUGGCUCGCUUCCCCAAGGCCAAACCGUCCCCAAAAGCACCAAAGUCCAAAAGGUAGUGGACGUGUGUUUAUGUGUGUUUAUGUGUGUGUGUGUUUAUGUGUGUUUAUGUGUGUAAUGUAACUGCUGUCCUUUUUGUUCCAAGAGUCGACACCAUCUAAGAAAACCUCUUUCGUUUCAACAGUGGGUUUCAACUCGUCCUUACGCGCAGAGAGAGCGAGACGGGGAGA